AUAUUAAUUGUCGAGAUGUUUCAAAUAUGUGGGGAAGGAGUGAUUUUGUUGAACAACAACUCCACCGCGUCGAGAAUUUGCUCCAUGUCCGACGAGGGACGUGUCAUGAGUUCAGAAGCUCUCAAAGAUGACGAGUUAUUUGAAAUCAGGAUUGAUAAAAAGAUACGAUCUCGAUACGGAAAGAUUGAAAUAGGAGUAUGUACAAAUGACCCAGAGACAAUGAGGACAGUGGGUUGGACACCUAGUUUGCAAAUCUGGAUGAUGACAAAUGCUGGGAUUAUUCACACGACUAAUGAUUUGAAGGAGCAUCUUAUUUCAGAACCCACUUACGGAACAGCAACAAACGUACCAACCCGUUUGUACACCGUAGUUGCAAUGUUCUUUGACUUCGUCCAAGUAACGAUAACAAACCCAAAGCCAUUACUUUUGACAAAUGAGCCGAAAGACGAGAUGGAGAUCAACAAUGACUUUUCAAUGGGCGAAGGAACGUCUACGAGUAUGGUCGCUAAUUUAAACGUCAAUCUUAAUGUCAAUAUGAACGUAAAUUUACCAAAAAAUCCGAGCCCAGCUGCCAUCCGUGAGGACCGACUGAGAUUUCACGAGCGCGUUGGAUCAUUGGUGAAAUUAUCAAACAACGCUCGGACCGCUGAAAGACGCAGGCCACUAGAUGAGUUCAACAACGGAGUGGUGAUGACUCACAGGCCGCUGAGAGACAACGAGCUGUUUGAAAUCCGUAUUGACAGAUUGGUGGACAAGUGGUCGGGCAGCAUUGAAGUUGGUGUAACCACCCACAGUCCAACGGGGCUUAAAUUUCCAGCGACCAUGACGAAUAUGCGGUCGGGCACUACGAUGAUGUCCGGUUGCGGGAUUCUGACAAACGGAAAGGGGAUCCAAAGAGAGUACGGAGAUAUUAAUUUAGAUGAGCUACGAGAGGGCGACAGAGUUGGAAUGAUUAGAAGGUGCAAUGGCAAUUUACAUUAUUUAAUUAAUGGUCUGGACCAAGGUAUAGCUGCUAAAGUACCCCCUGGAAUCUGGGGAGUCGUUGAACUUUACGGGAUGACUGUAAAAGUGACAAUUGUUGAUCGGGAUGAACGCGAAGAACAAAAUCUCGUUACUCGGCGGAAUAAUUUACAUUUGCAAGGAUUAACAGAGGUUGAAGAAGAGGAGACUCUUGACCGGUUGACCUUUCAUCCGUGCUGUGGUACUCACGCUGAUGUAAUAAACAAUGGGCGUACUGCACACCGGCCUAAUGCUAUGGACGACUUCAAUAAUGGUGUGGUACUUACAAUGAGACCAUUGAGACCGAACGAAUUGUUUGAAGUCAGGCUGGAUAAAAUAGUUACCAAGUGGGCGGGCUCUAUUGAGAUUGGUGUGACCACACACUCGCCAACUGAACUUGAAUUUCCUUUUACGAUGACCAAUGUACGCUCUGGCACGUGGAUCAUGACUGGCAAUGGAGUUAUGCACAACGGAACGUCUAUUAUUGAUCAGUAUGGCCAGAAUCUUGAUCGCCUCCAAGUUGGAGAUCGCGUUGGAGUCAUGAGAAAGGACACUGGGACGCUGCAUUUUUUUGUCAAUGGUACAGAUCAGGGGGCUGCUGCUGUUGGUGUUCCGGAAAGAGUCUACGGGGUUAUUGAUUUGUAUGGUCAAGCUACGCAGGCUACUAUUGUUGAUAACACUGAUUUUUACAGUCCUACUACUAAUAAUUCUAGUUUUAGCAACACGACUUUGUAUAGCGAUUUAAGAUUUCAUCAUGUACAUGGCAAGCACGCGAGGAUUUCAAAUAAUGGACUGACAGCCUCGAGAAUACGAGCUUUGGGGGAAUUUAAUGAGGCUAUCGUGAUCGCUAAUCGACCUUUACGUGAUGGCGAACUUUUUGAAGUUUCUAUUGACAAAAUGGUUGGACGGUGGUCUGGUGCUAUCGAAGCUGGCGUGACGGCAAUAAGACCCGAUGAAUUAGAAUUCCCAUCAACAAUGACCGACAUAGACCACGACACAUGGAUGUUAUCAGGCUCAACAGUGAUGCGAGACGGCGUAACCCUUCGCCACCAUUAUUCCUGCGAUCUAGAUAAGCUCGUCGAAGGAAAUAGGAUCGGUAUGAUGCGAUGUGCCGACUCAAGCCUCCACUAUUACCUCGAUGGAGUCGACCAAGGUACUGCGUGCAGUGGUCUUCCGCCUCACGUAUACCCAGUGAUUGAUUUGUAUGCGCAGUGUGCCCAGGUCACCAUUGUCCAGCCGGAGCGACGUGAUACAAUAACCCAGCAGUACUUGCCUUCAGAGAACAGUAUCAGUCAGCAACCGACCUCAGUGAUACAACCCCAAGCUCCCAUGGAGAUUACCCACAAGUUCCACGAGUCAGUGGGGCUCAAUAUUCAACUGAACACAGAUCGAGUUAUCGCUGCGCGCUGUCGCGAGUACAAUAAUGCCGUUUUACUGAGUGAGAGUGGCCUCGAGAACAAUGAACUGUUUGAAAUAGCCAUCCAAGAAGUUGCGUAUGAAUGGAGUGGCUCGCUAAAAAUAGGAGUCGUAGAAAAUCCAAAUGGAAAUUGGCUGACCUCGAUGGACUUAGUUCCAGGAAUGACUUCAAUUCCCGUAGACGCUUGGUACCUAACCGGGAAUGAAGUCAGGUACAAGGGCAAUGUCCUCAGCUCUAAUUACUGUCCCAGUUUGGAUUGGUUAAGAGUCGGUGAUAAAUUAGGAGUAAAAAGGAGCCACGAGGGCAAUUUAAAAUUUUACAUCAACGGAGAAGACAUGGGAGUUGCUGCAGUUAAUGUUCCUGAGAUGGUUUGGGUGGUGGUUGAAUUAUUUGGAAGCACAGUAGCUGUUAGUAUCACCAGCAGCAAGCAACAGCUUCCAGCAAUUUCACCCAAUGCCAGUUUAAGACUGCAAGACUCGCUGGAACUUCUGCUGGACCCAAUGCCGCUAACUAUGAGAAACGACGGAGGCAUGGACACGUCGAUAGACGCCUCAGAAGCUAAACUCCAGGAAAUUAUUUUAACUCCUACCCAACCGAUUAUCACCUCUACCGGUGAAACGGUGGACUGGUGUUACGAGUUUCACGAGAAUCAUGGAAGAAAUGUUGAGCUAGAAGGUCAAACUGUAGCUCGUAGAGUCGCUAGUUACAAUCAAGGCGUUGUGAUGACCAACCGGCCGUUAAUAAAGGGCAAGAUAUUUCAAGUGGAAAUAGAGAAAGUUAAUGACCGUUGGGUGUCGGGGAUUCUAUGUGGCGUAACUUGUAUCUCGCCUGAGAAAGCUUCGUUUCCUUUGACGGCUUUGGGGUUCAAAAAAUACUCGUGGAUUAUUUGCAGUGACUGGAUGUCUCACAACGGCACUAAAGUUAAGACCCGCUACGGUGGAAAUUUGGAAAGUGUCCAAGCUGGCUCGACUGUAGGCUUGUUAAUUGAUGAAGAUUCAAGAUUACAUCUUUAUGUUAAUGGAUCUGAUCAGGGAGUAGCAGCAACUGAUCUUCCGCCGUAUGUUUACGGAGUUAUUGAUCUUUAUGGUCAGGUUGAACAAGUUUCGAUAGUUGGUCCUGUUGCUGAAGCUGUUCUUACUAACAACGACGCUAUUAAUAUGGCGAUUGCCAAUAAUGUUGAGCGUGUUAGUGAUGAAAUUGAGGACGUUGAAAAUUCCAGGGAAAAAGCUGACCUAGAGUGUCAUGAGAAGGAAAAUGUCCUUGAAAUUCCGUCCAGUCUACCUUUAAAUAUUCAAGAUGAAUUGACUAACUUUAAUGCAAUACAGACUACUUCAUCCCGGGGGAAUUUGUUGGAAAAUGCUACUGCUAAUAUAGCUGCCCCUUCAACUGCAUCGAUUGAUAAUAUUACGCAUUUUAAUAAUGAUCUUCCUGGCAAGUCGAUGACCAGCAGCUGUAAUUCUGACAGCAAUAAUUCAACAAGUGAAUUGGAAAUUUCUAAUGAGCCACUUGUUACUGCUACUGCUACUACUACUGCUGGUUCUGUUGUUGUUGUUGCUGAUGGUCUGGAGUGUUUUAAAUUUAAAAAUAAUAUUAAUCAUCCAGAUGAUUCGUAUGACAAUAAUACUAUGUCUAACAACGAUUUGGAUAAUGAUAAUGAUAAUCAAGAUGAGCAAGUUUCUAAUGGCAUGAUGAUGAGCAGCUUGAGAAAUAAUGACUGUACAAAUGUAGAGAUAAACAAUGCAACGAAUAUAAAUAUUAAAAAUGGUUCAGCUGCUACGUCUAGCAAUAUGUCGAGUUUAAAUACUGCUAUUAAUUCUAUGAAUGCCAACAAUGCAAUUAAUGAAAGUAUCGCGUCUAACGGGCAAUUAAAUAAUAUUCCUGGUUUUCAUCAAAAUUCUAAUAAUUUAAAUGUCAAUGUUAAUCUUAAUAAUAUUAAUCAGGAUAAUAAUUCUCAAUGCAAUCUUUUGAGUAAUUUAGCAGCGACGUCUUUCAAUACAUCUAUUACUUUGCAGUCUCAAGAAUCCCAAUCGAUUAAUCGUCAGCAGCUUCAUCAGAGUAAACAGAAUUCCAAUAGUGCCAUACUACCCAAUCAAAAUCAAAUUUCAAGUCAUAAUUCACAACAAUCUACGUUGAGUUCUACGAGGACAUCGUCUUCACCACCUACGCCGUUGAACUCGACUAUUAUUUUAUCACCCUCGAAAAAGUGUGAAUAUUUGAAAGCUUGUAAGAGAUUGAAGAAGUCACUUGUUCUGCCAGAUGAGUUUUUUUCACUUGAUGAAAUUACUUGUUAUUGCAAUUUGUGUUAUAAAGUUGAUAGUGAUGGAGCUAUUUGUAAGAAAGGAGAUCCUCCGGCGGAAUUUGCGGUUCCUAUUGGGUGGGUUAGAUUCCCUCUUAAGCAGACUAUCAAUGCUAAUCAAAUUCCGCAGAGUACUACUGAUAAGUGGCAUGUUGCUUACUAUGGAACACGUUUGGAUUCAAUUAGAUGGAUUCUUGAUCGCGGAGAAUUAUUACCCAUGGAACAAUUGGACACCAGUAAUUUAACAACAAUUAUUGAUAGUGAAGAUCAAAAUCCACAGGUUGUAUUCUCGCCGAAUAUCAAGUACGUCGCUUCUGAAGGCAUUAAAAAAUAUCCAUACAUUGACACUCAAUCAAAUAAAAAAUUAAAUGCUUCAACGGCGUUUCAAUUACUGGUGAGACCUGGAUCUUACACGAUGGGCUCAGACAAACAGCACGGAGCAGACGGAGUUGAACCUAUGGAAUGGGCUACUAAAGAAGCUGGUGCCACAGUUAUCAUAGCUCUUCUAAUUAAUCUCGAUGAAUUUUAA